CCAGCCCCUCUUCCUGCCCCCUCCCCCGGUGCAAUGGAAGUCCCCGGGAAUCCUCCUCCUCCCCGCUAACAGGCGGCGGCCCGGCCCGGUGCAAAAUGCUGGGCAUGUACGUGCCGGACAGGUUUGCCCUGAAGUCGUCCAAAGUGCAGGACGGGAUGGGGCUCUACACGGCCCGCAAAGUAAAGAAGGGUGAAAAAUUUGGCCCCUUUGCAGGGGAGAAGCGAAUGCCUCAGGAACUGGAUGAGAACACAGACUGCAGGCUCAUGUGGGAGGUUCGUGGCAGUAAAGGUGAAGUCCUUUAUAUCCUGGAUGCAAGCAAUCCACGCCAUUCUAACUGGCUGCGUUUUGUCCAUGAAGCUCCAUCACAGGAACAAAAGAAUCUGGCUGCAAUCCAGGAAGGAGAAAAUAUUUUCUAUCUUGCCGUGGACGAUAUUGAAACAGACACAGAACUUCUGAUUGGUUACUUGGACAGUGACAUGGAAGAAGAGGAGGAGGAUGAGGAGGAAGUAACUGUUAUUCAGGAAGAUGAAGACAGUGGCAACAAUAAAGAAGUGCAACCAGCUAGUGAAAAGAUUGCAGAUCCCCUCACUUGUAAAGAGGACCAUGCAUGCCCAAACUGUGAGUCCAGUUUUGCAAGCCAGGAGAUUCUAGCUGAACAUCUUCAGACGUUGCACCAAAAACCCAGUGAGGAAAAGGAAUUUAAGUGCCGAAACUGUGGAAAGAAGUUCCCUGUUAAACAAGCUCUACAAAGACAUGUACUUCAGUGCACAGAGAAUAUCAACCCAGGAGACUCUUCAAGAAGUUUUCAGUGUUCUGUUUGCAAUACUUCCUUCAGCUCAGAAUCGAGUUAUGAACAGCACAAGGAGGCAUGCAGAGGGGAUGCCAGAUUCAUAUGCAAGGCAGAUAGCUGCGGGAAGAGGUUCAAGAGUAAGGAUGCCCUGAAAAAACAUAAAGAAAAUGUUCAUAGUGGAAAUUCUAGGAAAAAGCUGACGUGUUCAGUGUGCAAUAAGAAAUGUUCCUCAACAACAAAUCUCCAAGAGCAUCGAAAGGUUCAUGAGACCUUUGAGUGUCAGGAAUGUGACAAGAGAUUUAUUUCAGCUAACCAGCUAAAACGCCAUAUGAUAACUCAUUCAGAAAAACGCCCCUACACCUGCGAGGUUUGCAAUAAGUCCUUCAAACGACUUGAUCAAGUGACUGCACACAAAAUAAUACACAGUGAAGAUAAACCUUAUAAAUGCAAGCUUUGUGGAAAGGGAUUUGCCCACAGAAAUGUUUACAAGAAUCACAAGAAGACCCAUUCUGAAGAGAGACCAUUCCAGUGUGAGGAAUGCAAAGCUUUGUUCCGAACUCCAUUCUCUCUACAAAGACAUCUACUAAUUCAUAACAGUGAGAGGACCUUCAAGUGUGAUCACUGUGAUGCUACUUUCAAAAGAAAGGACACCUUAAAUGUUCAUAUUCAAGUUGUACAUGAUGGACAUAAGAAAUACAAGUGCGAUCUCUGUGACAAAGCUUUUGUGACACCUUCAGUCCUGAAAAGUCAUAAAAAAACUCACACAGGCGAAAAAGAAAAAAUUUGCCCAUAUUGUGGACAGAAAUUUGCAAGCAAUGGAACACUGAGAGUUCAUAUUCGAAGCCAUACAGGCGAGCGUCCUUACCAGUGUCCUUACUGUGACAAAGCUUUCAGCAAGAAUGAUGGACUGAAGAUGCAUAUUCGCACCCACACAAGGGAAAAGCCAUACCAAUGUUCUGAAUGUAACAAGGCUUUCAGUCAAAAACGAGGCCUAGAUGAGCACAUGAGAACCCACACCGGAGAGAAGCCGUUUCAGUGUGAUGUUUGUGAUUUGUCCUUCAGCCUGAAGAAAAUGCUGAUUCGACAUAAGCUGACUCACAACCCCAAUCGACCAAUGGCAGAAUGCCAGCUUUGCCACAAGAAGUUUACAAGAAAUGACUACCUCAAAGUGCACAUGGAAAAUGUCCAUGGUGAAACUGACAGCUAAUUAUGAUGUGUGAGAAGAAUGGAUCUCAUGUUCCAAAGUGUUCCACUUGUAUGUGUACAUACUCCAGACUUCUCACCUGACUAGUAGGCAUAGUCAGGAGAAACAACUGUGUUCGCAUGUUAUUUUUCUCACUUUUUUAUAUGGUAGCAGGACAGAAAAAAAGGCAAUCACUUGAAGGAAAA